GGUAACCAAGUACAUAAAGGAAAAGACCUAGUCAUACAAGAAAGAGGGAUGGUGCACGGGAAACAACAUUUCUUGUAUGUAUAUAAGUGUCACAAGUGUUUCUCUUUAUUUUUGUCUCGUAGCUAGGCAGACCCAUAACUCCAAAUUUUCUGAUGUGAGCCCCAUUAUCACGUUAUUUAUAACAUUCUAUUCUCCCCAAAAAUUCAAAACAAAAUAACUUGACUCACCACUGCAAUCUGUAGUGUCUCUCCUCCCCAAACAUAUGGCUCUCCUUAUUUCUAUCAUCAUCCUCUCAAUCUUCCCAUUAAGCAACAAUGCUGAAGCUCCACCUUCUCCUGGCUACUACCCUACUUCAAGACUUGCCUCCAUACCCUUCAACCAAGCCUUUACCAAUCUUUGGGGUCCUCAACACCAAUCUUUAGAUCAGGAUGGCUCACUCACUAUUUGGCUCGACCAAACUUCAGGAAGCGGCUUCAAAUCGCUUGAUUCUUACUCUUCAGGUUACUUUGGAGCCUCCAUCAAGCUCCAACCGGGUUAUACUGCAGGAGUCAUCACAUCUCUCUAUCUGUCAAACAAUGAAGAGCUGCCGGGAAAGCAUGAUGAGAUUGACAUAGAAUUUCUAGGAACGACAGAGGAAGAGGCGUAUGUGUUGCAGACAAAUGUAUACAUAAGAGGGAGUGGCGAUGGCCACAUUAUUGGGAGAGAGAUUAAAUUCCAUCUUUGGUUCGACCCCACUACGGAUUUUCACAAUUAUGCCAUUCUUUGGAAUCCUUCCCAAAUCAUAUUUUACGUGGACGAUGUGCCAAUAAGAAGGUACCCUCGGAAAAGUGAUGCCACAUUUCCAAUGAGGCCGAUGUGGCUCUACGGAUCUAUUUGGGAUGCCUCCUCUUGGGCAACCGACAAUGGCAGAUACAAGGCUGAUUACACGUUUCAGCCCUUCAUUGGCAAGUACAACAAUUUCAAGAUCGACGCCUGCGCCGCCCCAAAUGCCGCCGCCGCUUGCCGCCCCAUUUCCGGUUCUCCGCCCGGCUCCAACGGGCUGAGCCGCCAGCAGAGGGCAGCGCUCGCCUAUGUCCAUCAUCAUUACAAGCUCUACGACUAUUGCCGGGAUCCGCAAAGGGACCACAAACUCACACCAGAGUGCUAAUAUUCAUCGUUGGAUUGCGCUAUAUAUAUAAAUAUUAAUAUUAAUUAUUUGUGUUUCAACAAUAAUGUAUCUUGAUUAGAGCUAAAAUUAACUGUUUGUUGCAAAUCUAAGUGUUGUUUCAUGGAGUGUUUGAGAUGAAUCGGAGAUAGCAUGAAAGAGUAAGAUUAAGCGUCCAA